UUUGUUUUUCCUUGAACAAAGACCUUGUUACAAAAUGUGCUCAGCAACGGUUGGCUUCUCCUACGCUUGGAAUACUAUUUAAACCCUGCACCUAUUGCUUGUUUAAAUCAUACCUACUCAACUCAAUCUCAUAUAUUUGAUCCUUCAACAACAAUGAAGUCUCUCAACAUAAACAUAGCUGCUUAUUUUCUGCCCCUGUUUUGCGCCUUUGCUUUUCUUUCGAGCCCUGUUUUCACAGCAGAGACUUGUGAAUAUCCGGCUCUAUUCAACUUCGGCGACUCAAACUCGGAUACGGGUUCAAUGUCGGCCGCAUUCGCCUCCAAGUUGCCGCCUAAUGGAGAUGCUUUCUUUGGCAGACCAAGUGGACGAGUGUCCAAUGGGCGUCUCGUGAUUGAUUUCUUAGCUGAAAGCUUGGGAAAGCCAUUUCUCCACUCUUACCUUGAUUCAAUGGCUGCAAACUUCAGUCACGGCGCAAGUUUUUCAACCUCAGGAUCAACAAUUACGCCACCAAAAUACCUCAUACCAGUCUACUUUGUUCCACAUGGAUGGAGUCCUUUUCCGCUUUAUGUCCAGUUCGUACAAUUCACACAAUUUAAAGACAGAUCAGAGAUGAUCUAUAAUCAAGACCCGAAUUUCAAGUACACGGUGCCGAAGAAGGAACAUUUUUCCAAAGCUCUGUAUACUAUUGACAUCGGCCAAAAUGACAUUGGCAUGGGACUAUUUACAAACAACUCCAUAGAAGCCGUAAAAGCAUCAGUACCCAAUAUGAUGGAAGGACUCAAAUCUCAUAUAAAGGGUAUAUACUCCUUGGGGGCCAGAACAUUCUGGAUACACAACACCGGACCUAUCGGAUGCCUGCCUUAUAUUCUAACAAACUUCCCGGUCUCGGACAAGGAUACCGAUAGUGCUGGUUGCUCAAUCCCUCAUAAUGAGAUCUCAAAGCACUACAAUUACAAGUUGAAGGAGGCUGUCUAUGAGCUCCGGAGAGAGCUCCCUUCAUCUGCAAUCACACUUGUGGAUAUCUACUCUGUUAAAUACUCCAUAUACAAGGAAGCCAAAAGUCUUGGCUUCAAGGAACCUCUAAAGGCAUGUUGUGGUUACGGAGGAAAAUACAAUUACGGGGACAACUUUACAUGUUUCGGUAUCGAGACUAGUAAAACGAUAAAUGGGAAGAAAAUAGCUCUGAAAUCAUGCGAAAAUCCGCGGGAAAGAAUAAGCUGGGAUGGCAUUCAUUACUCAGAAGCUGCUGAUAAGAUUGUAUUCGACCGAAUUUCGACGGGAGCUUUUUCUGAUCCACCCAACACACCACCAAGUAUGGCAUGCCACCAGCGCUCAUCCUCAAAAAACUAAUCAAUAUUUAGCAGAGCUUUUUAAGAAUAAAUGCACCAGAUCAAGAUGUUGUCAGGAUUUUUACUCCCAGGAUAGAGUUAUUGCAAUAGGAAUUUUAUAUUAUCAUCUUGUGCAAUUGGCGUCAUAAUUAUAUAUUUUUCAAGGAAUAAGAUUCUGAAUUCAAUAUCAA